GGAAUGUUAACUGGCUGGAAUCCCUUGGAAGCUGUAUUGGGGUGCCGGAACAGGGGCUCCUUGCAAAAAGAAGACAGAGGAGAGGACACAAAAACAAAACUUUUUGAGAAGGGGAAAUCCAUACAAUUAUGUGAGUUUUCCUAGUGCCAUCCAGCUGUCUGAGGAGAGAACACUUGGGACAAAUCCAUGGCCACACAUGCCCAAAGUUGAGCUUGGGCAACCAGGAUGUAGACGAGAGUCAAGUCAACAGGUCAGCGGAGCCCAAGAUGCAGGCUCUUCAUGCUCUCUCUCCUGAUCACUCCUCAUGGACAUUUGUCACCAGGCACCAUUUGCAUGUGGACCCACAUUGCUUUCUACAUCGCAUCUCCCCCGCGCGCCUGCAGCUCCACUUCCCACAAGUAUCAUGCUGCCCCUACUCCACCACUCAAAGCAUUUCACAUCCACUUCCUCCCCCAUUUCACAUGAGUAGCCCUAUGCCUCCUGCUCUCAGCUCAGAGAUGAUUUCCAGGGAGACACUGCAGAGAACUCUCCAGCAAGGUGUUUCAUCCUGCCGCUGGGCUCUUCCAAGCUGCUUUGCUCAAGUCCUCUCCUCCCUCCUACCAGCCUGCCUUCUCAGCAGGAAAUGACUGAGGGCUUCCUGCAAAGUGAAGACAAGGAGCAGAGUAAGCACGCCUUGGUGAAAAGCACGCCUCUGGCAGAAGCCCCAAAAUGCCUUCUGAGAAGGAAGGGUCCAAGAGACUCACGCAGAGGCUGGCCCUGAAGAGCCGGAUAGCAAAGGAGACAAUCUCUGAGUUCCUGGGCACCUUUAUAAUGAUUGUCCUUGGAUGUGGCUCUAUUGCCCAAGCCGUCCUCAGUCGUGGACAGGCUGGUGGAUUCAUCACUAUCUAUAUCGGAUUUGCAAUGGCAGUUGUGAUGGCUGUUUAUGUGACUGGAGGCGUCUCUGGAGGCCACAUCAACCCAGCUGUGACUUUUGCAAUGUGUGCCUUUGGAAGGAUGGAGUGGUUCAAGUUCCCGUUUUACGUGGGAGCCCAGUUUUUGGGAGCCUUUGUCGGGGCUGCAACUGUCUUUGGCGUUUACUACGAUGGAUUCAUGGCCUUUGCUAAUGGAAAACUGCUCAUCGAGGGAGAGAAUGCAACAGCGCCCAUUUUUGCAACAUACCCAGCUCCGUUCAUCUCCCUGACAAAUGCCUUUGCAGACCAAGUGCUGUCAACCAUGUUCCUCCUUAUGCUUGUCUUCGCCCUUUUUGACUCCAGAAAUCUUGCGGUGCCCAGAGGCCUAGAGCCCGUUGUCAUUGGCCUCCUGAUCAUCGUUCUUAGUUGUUCUCUGGGAUUCAACGCUGGCUGUGCCAUGAACCCAGCCCGAGACCUAAGCCCCAGGCUCUUCACUGCUGUCGCAGGGUGGGGGUUUGAGGUCUUCACAGCUGGAAACAACUUCUGGUGGAUUCCUGUUGUGGGCCCUAUGGUUGGCGCUUUCCUUGGGGGCCUCAUCUACGUUCUCUUUAUCGAAAUGCAUCACUCGGACCCCGACUCAGAAGAGAAGGAAGAGCCAUCUGAGAACAACCUAGGGAAACAUGAACUCAGUGUCAUCAUGUAGUGGUCAAAUGUGGCAGGGUCUACAUUUACUGUUCUGUUGGUUCCCUCUUUAGAAAAGAUGGCAUCUGUGUGCCUGUGCUUUGGUGAGACUUGGGGCUGGAGCAUCUACCCAGUUUUCCCUUAGGCAGUUGGGACAAACAAUCACAAAGGCAUCCAUGAAAAAUUCCACCAGCCAUCCUCCCCAGAAUAGCACUGACUGUCCCCUGUGCCAGCGUUCCCUCCUGACCUGUUUACUGCAUCUUUGAUGGAAGUCCUUGCUCCUAGGUGAUUGCUAAGAAUUUGGAAACUUGACCAUGGACUCAGCUGAAUAGACUCAGAGACCUUUAUUACCCCAGAUGGAAUAGUGUCAUCAAAGGCUCUUCCUUCACAAUCUAUAAAUACAACAUUUUGGAACUGAAA